AUGGAGGCAAUGGAUAUUCAAGCUGUGGAAUCAAAGUUGAGCGAUGUCACUGUGACAGCCAUUCCAAUGAGCGGUAAAAAUGUCCAUAAAGACUUGGGACACGGUGGAAGCAGUCACGCAACAAUAUCAACAGUACCAGCCUCAUCGCCGUCUUCUGCUAGCAAGGACAAAGACAACGGCACCUCUAAAUAUGCUCAAUUACUAGCGGUUAUCGAAGAGAUGGGGAAAGAAGUCAGACCUAGUUAUUCUGGCAGUCGUAGUUCUGCUGAACGUCUGAAACGUGGCAUAGUCCAUGCUCGCAUUCUCGUGAGAGAGUGCUUGAUUGAAACUGAAAGGUCAGCGCGGCAGUAG